AUGUCUAUCAUGAUAUGUGCCGCCUUGAGCGGGUUCCUCUUUGGAUACGACACCAGCGUCAUCAACGGUGCCCUGUUUCAGAUGAAGGAUCACUUUGGGUUUAAUGAACACUCCUGGCAGUACGGCUUCAUUGUUUCGAUUGCCAUUAUUGGCUGUUUUGUGGGUUCCUUCACCGGCGGCAUCAUUUCCACAUAUUGGGGACGACGGCCCAGCAUUGCGAUCGCCGACGUCUUUUUCAUUACCGGUUCCAUUAUUAUGGCUUUUGCACCAAGUGUUACGGUUCUCCUUCUUGGGCGCGUGAUGGUGGGCUUAGCCAUCGGCGUUUGCAGCGUGAUUACUCCGGUUUACCUAGCCGAAGUCACUCCUCCGGGUAACCGAGGGUCUAUUAUCGUCCUUAAUAACAUUUUUUUAACAGGUGGACAAUUUGUUGCCGCCUCUUUCGCCGCAGUUAUGGUGGUUUACACUUCCAACAACGUAGGUUGGCGUAUUGCGGUUGGCAUUGGUGCCCUUCCCGCGAUCCUCCAGAUUGCAUGUCUCAUCCACUUUCUCCCUGAAAGCCCACGCUGGCUCGCGUUUAGAGGCCAUGUUGAGGCUGCCAGGCUCGUUGCUGAGAGGUGCAGUGUUGAUUUUGAUGAUACUUAUACUCAGAAAUCAAACACCGUCCACUUAAAUUAUUGCGAGCUCUUCAAAAAAGAUAUCCGUUUUCGCCUGAUUCUGAGCUGCACUCUUCAGAUCAUUCAGCAGUUUUCCGGCAUUAACACCAUCAUGUACUAUAGUUCUGUUAUCCUUUACGAUGCCGGUUUCCAGGACCCUAAAAUGCCCGUAAUCUUGUCCAUCCCGCUCGCCUUUUUGAACGCCCUUUUUACAUGCGUUGCGGUCCUGACGGUGGACAAGGUGGGUCGGCGCUUCCUGCUGAUUGUCUCCUGCAUCGGCUGCAUCAUCGCCACCGCGGCGGCGUCCGCCUUUGGGUUUAUGCUCAACUCCGUCAUUCCGUAUUCCGUCGGUGGGUGGUUGUUUUUGUUUAUUUUGUCGAUUUUUCUCGCGUUUUACGCGCCCGGGAUUGGUUGCAUCCCGUGGGUGAUGAUGGGGGAGAUCUUCCCGAUUCAUCUUCGCACCUCCGCGUCUUCCAUCGCCACCAUGGCGAACUGGGGCUCCAACGUGGUCGUCUCCCAGGCCUUUCCGGUUCUCAUGGGUUCCAUUGGUAUGGGUGGUAUUUUUGCUAUUAUUGUCGGGCUUUUGAGUUUGGGCCUUGCCUUCAUUUGGUUUUAUGUGUUGGAGACGAAUGGUCUCUCGCUGAGAGAGGUGGAUAGACUAUUCCGCAAACAUGCCAACCUGCCAGUUGACGAGGAGGAGGAUGAAAUGGCGAUCUCUAACAACUCUCCUUUGAAUUAUGUGGGGAACUCUUCACCUAUCUAUAUCAUCCCUGUGAAUCUACAGAAUAGGUCUAAAUAA